CAAGGCCAAUCCUCUAUAAUAACAACGAGAAGUUGAUACAAACAAUAGAAUGAUUGAGUUUCGGAUAGCUCCUCCAUCAUAGGCAUUUUCAGUCUUCUUCCAUUCACACUGUAACCAUCAAUCAUAUCUGUAUCGAUUCUAAAAUCUUCAAGAAGAUGCAGCUACAAGAUGGUUCUGCUGGUAAAGUCAUUAAUAACCUCUCACAAGUUCUGAUUUCCUCCGUCGCCGGAAUGAUUAUGGACAAGUCAAGGGUGGUGGGAGACCAGAGCAUCGUUCCCCGCCACAAAAAAGAUCACUUUGGCCGUGUUGUAAAGCUUGAGAAGUUCUCUCUCUAUGUUGGUAGGCAAAUGGGAUUCUUAGAGAGCGAGGUUCCAGCUGAGCUGUGUAGAUUGGCAGAUGAGUAUUUGAUAAAACCCAAGGAGUGUUUGGAAAGCAUCCUUGAAUAUCUUGCUGAUCAGAAGGACCCUACUACUUUAUGCCAGAAAUUUAUUAAUGAGUUUGAUCGAUGCAUCCUCAGUUAUUUCGCAUUUAAUUGGAACCAAGCUUCUUAUAUUAUUAGUCAGGUAUUGAGUGUUGAGUCACCUCCGAAAAUACGACUAAAAAAGAUUCUAUUGGAAGCUACAAGGGAACAGAGGUUUGAGAGAGUAACGAAGAAUCUGAAGGUGGCAAGAGUGUUCUCUACAUUGGUGGAAGAGAUGAAAGCAAUAAAGCUUGACUCACAAAGAACGAACGACAUGGUCCACAAUGUCCACAGUGAGAGGAGUCCAGUGCUUCUGCUUAUGGGAGGAGGCAUGGGAGCUGGAAAAAGCACUGUUCUUAAAGACAUUCUUAAAGAAUCAUUUUGGUCUGGAGCAGCUUCAAAUGCUGUGGUGGUUGAGCCGGAUGCUUUUAAGGAAAAUGACGUCAUAUAUAGAGCCCUUAGCUCCAGAGGUCACCAUGAUGACAUGCUCCAAACUGCUGAAUUGGUGCAUCAAUCUUCCACUGAUGCUGCAUCAUCUCUGCUAGUGACAGCUUUAAAUGAGGGUCGAGAUGUGAUCAUGGAUGGUACCUUAUCAUGGGAACCAUUUGUGGAGCAGACUAUUACUAUGGCAAGAAAUGUUCACAAACACAGGUACCGAAUGGGGGUAGGAUAUAAAGUAUCUGAAGAUGGUACAAUAAUUACAGAAGAUUACUGGGAGCAAGUAGAUGACGCAGAAGAACAUCUUCAAUCAGAGGAAAAUUGUAAUGGAGAAUCACGCACGCGAAAACCUUACAGAAUUGAGCUAGUUGGUGUGGUUUGUGAUGGCUAUCUUGCUGUUGUUAGAGGCAUUAGGAGAGCUAUUAUGACAGGGAGGGCAGUAAGGGUGAAUUCACAGUUGAAAUCUCACAAAAGAUUUGCUAAUGCAUUUCCAAGAUUUUGCAAACUUGUUGAUGAUGCCAGGCUCUAUUGCACAAAUGAUGUCGGUGGUCCACCACAGCUCAAAUGGCGGAAGGAUGGUGAUCAGAAUCAGAAUCUGCCUGAUCCCAAAGAUAUCAAAUGCUUGGAAAGGAUAGGCAGUGUAAAUGUUGAAGCUGAUUCCAUCUACGAACUUUACAAGGAUCCCAGCCCUAUAAUGGAACCUGGUUCUGUUUGGAAAGACAUUGUUCUUUCACCUUCAAGGUAUAAUAAUGAUCAGAAGGAAUUGAAGGAAUUCAUUCAGAAAAUAGAAACAUCCAUCAGAAAACGGUAACCAUUGAUAUUGCUGCAUGAUAUUUUCCUCCCAAAGCCAAGUUUUGGAGUAUCUAACAAAGUUUGAGUUACCAAGUUUUGUAUCUGCUAUUCCCUAUGGUUUAAUUAACGACCGAAGAAUACAAAGGGAGAAGGUCGAGUUCUGCAUGGAAGUCGUUUUCUUUGCAUCAAUAUGCAAACCAACUCUAAUUCACGGUUAAGUUUGCCCAUGUACAUAUGUGUGCGUAAAUUAAUUAAAACGUACUUCAUUGAAGCAUUUUCAGUUCAAAUCAAAUGUAUAUAAUUACUGAUUAUUGAAUCUAGCCUUACGUUGUAACCAAAACAAAAACAAAAACAAAAAUCAGGGUUGUAAACUCCAAUGUUGAUGGGUGAAACUUAGUUUCUUUUCGUUGAAGAAAAAUAGACAAAGUAUGAUCCAAAGGAUGCCACCGUGUAGCGGUCACUGGAGGAAGAGGGUUCAAUUGAUGUAGGAAGAGAGUUCAGAAACGGUCCCUGAAUUGGAGGGAUUGUUUUCUUUACAUAUCAAUCAAUAAAUAUUAAAUCAAAAUAUGGUGUCUCAUA